ACCGAGCCAGCGACAACCAACAUACGAAGGAAGAUUUUUUACUUUACUUACGAAAAUGCUCAAUCCAAUUCCAAUUUCAUUGGAAGACAUGUUUUUUGUCGAUACUUUGAAUUCUGAAGAUAAUGAGAAGUUUAGUGCAACACGUGAUCGACUACUUCAUUUUAUUGCACAGCACCGUGAAAGCAAGCAAAAAAUGAAAGCUAAUAUUAUCGUGCAAUCCAACGAACUUCGCAUGCUAAGAGAAGCUCUAAAAAAACAAUAUCUCAAAGCUGAAGAGAACAAACAAGCUCUUGAAACACAAAUCAAGCGAAUGACAGAGGAAUACGAAGCUGUCAGGAAGGAUCGAGAGAAGAGAUACCAAGAUAUGAUGUUCAAAUUACAGUUAGCAAAACAACAAGCAGCAGAAGAAGAAAAAGUUCAUGAACUUGCUAGUAUCGAGUUGGAAACUCUACAUAAAGAAAAGAAAACAGGUCUAAAAGGGCAAUGCCAGCAACUUUGGGGAAAAGUUGAAGAUGAGAAAGGAAUUGUUAAGAAAGUAGACAAAUGCUAUAAAAUCGUAAGGAACGAGUUGCGUGUUAAAUACAAAGGCGACGAAUAUGAUGAAGAGAAGAAUUUCAAGACACAGAGCAGCACAAUCGAGGACAAGAAUGAAAGGAACGAAAAAUUUCAUGGAGAUCAGCUGAAUAAAGUUCAGAAGAAGCUCAGUAAGCUGUGCAAUAGCAAUUCUGAUUCUAGUCUUCUCCGUCCUGUUGUUAUCGGUGGUGUUACUGGUGCUGUUGUUGGUGGUGCUGCUGGUGCUGUUGUUGGUGGUGCUGCUGGUGGUGCUGCUGGUAUUGCUUUAGGUUCUUGUGCUAUCGCUACUGCUGCUGCUGGUGCUGCUGCUGGUACCGCUGUUGGUGCUGUUGCUGGUGGUACCUUUGGUGGUAUUAGUGGCGCUAUUGUUACUCUUUAUAGGCGUCGUAGGAAAAAUGCCCGAAAAAGUCCAUGUACCGAUAUAACAUGUGAUAAUGAAAUCAAAGAAUUAUAUGAAUGUCAUUGUUGUUUACAUCUUGUUUGUUUUUAUCAUUUGAGUAAACAUAUUGAAAUAGUAAAAGAAAAUAAACAACGAUUGAAUAAUCUUCGUAAUGAAUUAAAUACAGUUGUAUAUACACUGGAACUAAUUAUUGAAGAAAAACUAUUGAUUAUUGAAUGUGAACAAAAUUUGAUUGAACAAGCAAAAAAAAUUUUUGACAAACCCAGCAGUUCAAUGGAUGAACUAAAAAAUAUUAUCGAAAAAAUUAAUCAAACAAUAGCAUCAAAUCAUUCAAAAGAAAUCACAGUGAAAGUCGAAUCGUCAUUAUUAGAAACUAAAUAUUGUUCUUGUGUUUGCAAAUCCAGUGGCUAUUUAUUACAAAUUUAA